AUGCCCGCAGGUCGUCUGUUAUUCGUGGAUACUUUCUGCCGGUUAUCUGAUGAGUCACGUGGCCGUUUGACUGGUGGAAAAAUGCCAACCGUCCAAAGAACUUUGAAUGGAUGUUCGUUUCAAAACGCCCAGGCCGCAUCCCAGACUUCAGGAGGAGUUUUCGCGCUAAAACAGCAGGGCUUCCUCCCAAUCCAUUUCAAAGCGAAUGUCGGCAAACGGUUAGCGGCUUUUCGUUGUCGCACAAACCAAACGUGCAAACGCUUCAUUGCAGCUCCUUGCAUUCUCAUCGCCGACAUCACUUUUCACUGUAAGUUGAAGUGUACUGCGUUUACUACGCUGCUGCAACUACCAUUCGACAGUCCCAGGAGACCACGGCUGAGAAAACAGCACGUAACGCAGCGAAGGCUGCGGCAACGUCCAUUCGACGGUGCCGGGAAUCCAUGGCUGAGAAGACCGCACGCCAUGCAGCCGACGCCGCUGCAGCUUCUGCUGAAAGUGUGUCGAAAGGUACCGCGCACAGGGCGGCAACGCGAUGCAAUUUCAACUUCCGCUGAUAGAGCUGUAGAAGGACCUACGAAAAGGCUUGAAAGGUUGCAGACUGUUAACCAGCGCCGCCAUGCACAGCGAGGGCUCUGCAGCCCACCAAAGCAGUUUUGGUUUAAGCUGGCGUUCAACUAUGAGCCAGAAUUGAGGCUUUUGUGUCGCAAAGACCUCCAAAUAGGAUCUAUGUCAGUUGUCUGUGGGCAUUGCAAUGCCAAAAAAUGUCCUGGAGAGUCUGCAGAUUUGUGUUGUUCAGACGCAAAUGAGCCAAAACUUCUCAUAGGCCAAAGGGCCACUUACGAUGCGAUUCUUGCAUCCACCAGGCAGGACACAGGAUCAAUUUCCUUCCUGGACGCGAAAAACGUUCGUAACAAAAAUGAUGCCGGCGAUGAGAAUGCAAGGAGCUGCAAUGAAGCGUUUGCUCGUUUGAUUUGUGCGACAACGAAAAGCCGCUAA